CGCUCCGAAAAUUCUCGCGGUCUAAUUGAUGCAAAAACAUCCGCGGAACCUCGGGAAUCCCCUGCUGUAGGGGUGUAUACUUAUUCAUCUCCACCUCCGUCGAGGGUUUGUAAUGGUAAAUGCGUCUCUCUGAAUAUCUUCGCCCUUGACCGAACACUUUGAACGCCCCAAUUUUCCUAAUAUGAGAUCGCCAAUCUCUGCUUUGAUGGCAAUUCUGUGACUGAGCAGUCUAAGCAUAGCCACGGCAGACCCGCUAAGCUACCGAAACAUCAUCGGAUAGGUGACGCCUGGGUUUUCAACGUGACGAUGGCACUGGAUUUUGUCAGAUCGCGAUCGGACCUGAGUACUCUGGCUGGUGUGAUCGGGGAAGUUGGAGGAUUUACUCAAGCGUUCGACACGGACCCCGCCUGGAAAUUCACUUUUUUUGCACCGAACAACGAUGCAUUUGAGAACACUUGCACGUACUAUGACACUUUCGCAGCAACCCCGAAAGGGAAGUGGUGGUUGGGAAACACUAUCCUACACCACUACGUGCCGAACUCUGAGCUCACAUCGUCCAGUUUCAAUGAGACGUUGCAGCAAUUUCAGACCGCGAUGUAUCUCUACGUGGGCUCUCAGGUAGUGGAUGGAACCGUUGUUCUCAAACAAGUGGCCAAAGUGGUCGAAUCAGAUCUUCCAGUUACCAGUGGCGUACUACACAUCGUCGACCAUCUGCUGGACCCAUCAGCACAGAUUUUCAUGGCUGAUACGCCCCGGGUCUCACAAACGUUCAUCGCGGGCAGCUGUUCGCAUCCCAGUUUCUCCUAUUGCUGA